CCCACGGUGCCUAGCGCAGAAACAGAAUGACAAAAUAAAGCAGUGUCUGAGGAAAGUAAACAGUCGCGAGAGGUUAUCGACGCGCGUCGGUCGCGCGAAAGCAACGAGAGGGACGGAUUUCCAACGAUUCCGGACUUGUGCUACGGCUCGGAGAAUGGAAUUCCAGUCGAAGCAACUUCUUCAGUGUCCAGUAUGCCUGACCGACCUGAAGAACAUGACGGAGCUGAAGGCGCACGUGGGUCCGAAGAGGUGCCACAAAUGCAAGAAGAACCUGAGCUGCGUGGGCUUCCUGGAGGAGCACAUUGCCGACGGACACCCGAGCGGCGACACGGACGACGAGGACGCGCGUCCGGGCACGGUCAAGUGCGAGCACUGCGGCUGGAAGUUCGCGCACCAAAUCCACCUGGACGCGCACCGGCGCAAGGUCAAGUGCCCUCGGUGUCCCCUCAAGUUCGAGUGCCGAGCCCAGCUGGAGGCCCACUUGGCCGAGGAGACCGUCCAGUGCCGCGUCUGCAGGAAAAAGUACCACUCGGCGGCCGAAGUUCUGCAACAUGAGUCGCAAACCAAAUGCACCAAGUGCGGAAAUGGCUUCAAAUGUGAGACCUUUCUCAAGAACCACGUGCGUUACUGCUCGAGAAAGACAAAAGCCUCCUCGGCCCCAGUCAAGUUGGACUGCGACUUCUGCAAAAAAAAGCUUCUGUCCGCUGGGACCUACUUGAAGCACGUCAGAGAGAGGACGUGCAAAACUUGUGGAGAAUCAAGUCAAUGCUUUGCUCUUUUCUGCCAGCACAAUAUGUGCGAAAAAACUACAGAAAUUCAGAAGCAGAUGAAGGAACCUGUCGAAGAACCUCCUCUGAAAAUCGUCCCUGCUGGCACUAAUUGUCCCUAUUGCAAGCAGAUCUGUCCGACGGCGGUCGCCCUGACACUGCACACGGCGCCGUCCGAGUGUCCCAGGUGUCGAUAUGUCCAGCCGUGCAACACCCUGCUGGCCAAGCAUCUUGACAUGUGUCGCUUCAAGAUGGUAGAAAAGAAUGUUUAUUAGAGACACUGAUAAUGAAAAAAAAACUUUUAUUUUUCAAAGAGCAGAGUGUGAAUAAGUUAAAAUUGUAUGUUCCUAAUCAUUUUCUCAAAAUAAUUAUUUUUAUUUGGAGCAAUUUUACCAUUAUUUAUAAGUGUAAUUUGUUUCAAUGCAAUUUGGAAAUUUGUCUAAAAAUUUAUAAAUGUACUUCCAUUUUCGAAAUAAAAAAAAAU